AUGUCGACCUCGAGUCAAGCCUUCGUUCAUAGCCCCGUUGCUAUAGUUGGCAUAGGGUGCAGGUUCUCUGGCGAUACAACAAGUCCACAAAAGCUAUGGGAACUGCUCGAGCAAGGACGGAGUACUUGGUCCAAAAUCCCAACUUCGAGGUUCAAUGUGGGCGGCGUAUUUCACCCUGACGGCCAGAGGGUUGGUUCGGCCCAUGUAAAGGGCGGGCAUUUUCUUGAUGAAGACCCUGCUCUGUUCGAUGCUUCGUUCUUCAAUAUGACCAGUGAAGUCGCUAGGGAUAUGGAUCCGCAUCAUCGCUUGAUGUUAGAGGUUGUCUAUGAGGCUCUUGAAAGUGCUGGCAUUCCUCUCGAAAGUGCCGCAGGAACCAACACAGCGGUGUUCGGCGGCAUCAUGUACAAGGAUUAUCACGAUUUGCUCAACCGCGACCCGAAGUCUCUGCCUCGCUAUUUCAUCACGGGCAAUGCGGGUGCCAUGGUAGCAAACCGCAUAUCGCACUUCUUUGAUCUGCGUGGCCCCAGCGUUACCAUUGACACUGCGUGUUCCACGACACUCACUGCUCUGCACCUGGCGUGCCAGAGCCUGCGUGCGGGAGAGUCGGAGAUGGCUGUUGUGGUUGGUGCAAACCUGAUGUUGAACUCGGACGUCUUCGUGACCAUGUCCAAUCUCGGAUUUCUGUCCCCUGACGGCAUCUCGUAUGCUUUUGACUCUCGCGCCAAUGGGUACGGUCGUGGCGAAGGAGUGGCCGCUAUCGUGUUGAAAGCGCUCCCGAAAGCAUUGGCCGAUCACGACCCUAUCAGAACCAUCAUUCGGGAAACGGCGCUGAAUCAAGAUGGGAAAACGCCUGCCAUCACCGCCCCCAGCGACGUGGCACAAGAAAAACUCAUACGGGAGUGCUACGACAGAGCUAGGAUCGAGACAUCGCAGACGUCUUACAUCGAGGCUCACGGGACUGGAACACCAACAGGGGACCCCUUGGAGAUUUCGGCCAUAUCAGGAGCGUUUCAGGGUCAGCCGUUGCAUGUCGGCUCUGUCAAGGCCAAUAUUGGACAUACGGAAGCUGCUAGUGGUCUGGCAGGAAUCAUCAAAGUGGCAUUAUCCCUGGAGAAGGGCUUGAUGCCCCCCAGCCCCAGGUUCCUAAGACCCAACAAGAAGUUGAUGCUGAAGGAGAAAAAUAUCAAGGCGCGUCUUUCCCCAUAUCGUGAAUCGGCCCAACCUUGGCCGCUGAAAGAUGGCAUCCGUCGCGCAUCUGUCAAUAACUUCGGUUUCGGAGGCUCCAACGCCCAUGUCAUUCUCGAGUGGCAUAACCCAGACUCCCAGGACCGGGACCAGACUAACGGAUCUGCAACAGUUGAUGCAGUCUCCAGCCCAGCUCGUAUCUACAUCCUCAGUGCCAAAGACAAACUGGCGUGUAAGCGCAUGAUAUCGAAACUGCGGAGCUACAUCGAAAAUGCAAACUCAACCCUGGAAAGAAACCUACUGGCUAGUCUCGCAUACACUCUCGGGUCUCGUCGCUCGGCUCUCCCGUGGAAAACUGUAUUUGCGGCUGACAGCCUCAAUGGCAUCUUGUCCAGUCUAGAUGGCGGCCAGAACCAGCCCGAAAUAUCUAGAAAGGAUAUCCGCGUUGGUUGGGUGUUCAGCGGCCAGGGGGCGCAAUGGCACGCCAUGGGCCGGGAGCUGUUCCAGGCCUACCCGGUGUUCAAGACGGCGAUCCUUGAGUGCGAUUCCUACAUCAAGGAAAUGGGAGCAACAUGGAGAAUCAUGGAUGAGCUCCACCGCGACGAAGAGACGACCCGAGUGAAUGAUGCCGAGUUCAGCCUGCCGCUGUCAACCGCCAUUCAGAUCGCAGUCGUGCGUCUGUUCUGGUCAUGGGGGAUCCGGCCCACUGGCAUCACCAGUCAUUCCAGCGGAGAAGCCGCGGCAGCAUUUGCAGCUGGUGUCUUGUCGGCUCGAUCUGCGAUUGGCAUUACCUAUAUCCGAGGUGCUUUGACGUGUAAGGGCAAGUCGACAUCCGGCCCUAAGGGCGGCAUGAUGGCCGUGGGCCUUGGCAGAAGCAAGGCGGAUGACUACAUUUCUCGUGCCGUCGGAGACAACAAAGCCAAGCACUUGGUGGUGGGAUGUGUUAAUAGCCCAUCAAGUGUGACUGUCUCGGGCGACCUGCCCGCCCUUGCAGAGCUUGAGCGCCUGCUACACGCCGACAAAGUCUUUGCCAGGAAGCUCAAAGUCACUGAGGCAUUCCACUCUAGUCACAUGAAACCAAUGGCAGCCGAAUUUGCGACCUUGCUGGUUGGGCUGCUUGAGGCAAACGACGUCGACCUGGCGACAACACCUGGUUCGAUGGUCUAUUCGUCUCCCAAGACUGGAAGACGUAUGAGCAAUCUUGAACCAUUGUUGGUUCCCAGCCACUGGACAGAGAGUAUGCUUCAACCCGUCGAGUUUGAAUCCUCCUUUCUCGACAUGUGCUGGGACCCCAAGACGAAAGAGCAAUGUGUCGACGUGGUUGUCGAAAUCGGACCUCAUGGGGCACUGGGCGGUCCCAUAACGCAAAUCAUGCAGAAGCCGGAGCUUGGAGGAGCAUCAGUCUCCUAUCUCAGUUCUCUUUCUCGCGAGAAGUGCGCCGUGGUCACCACACAGGGCGUUGCCAUGGCGCUUAUGCGGCAAGGUUAUCGUCUGGAGAUGGACGCCAUCAACUUCCCCCACGGUCGAGAUGACGCCAACGUCAAGGUUCUCAACGACCUGCCGACGUACUCUUGGAGUCACCAUCUCCGAUACUGGAGAGAGCCGCGCAACAGUCGGGUUCUCAGGCAGAACGAGCACCCGCCACACCAUCUCAUCGGAUCGCGAGACCCCCUAUCGCCAUUCUUCUCUCCAACCUGGACGAACACACUCCGGAUGUCUGACAUUCCGUGGGUUCGGGAUCACAUUGUUGGAUCCGACAUCGUCUUCCCUGGUGCCGGGUUCAUCUCCAUGGCCAUUGACGCAAUGUCUCAAGCUCAUCAGCCAAACCCGGACGAGGAGACAUUCUUCAGUCUACGGGAUGUGGAUCUUAUGCAGGCUCUCGUACUGCCUGUUGACGCAGAGCUGGACGUGGAUUUGCGCCUGGCCAUUCGUCCUUGUGAUGAGAAGUCUCUGGGGGUCAAGGGAUGGUACGCAUUUUCUGUCCACUCCAUCCCUGGAGGGAAGAACACCUGGACCGAGCAUUGCACUGGGCUGAUCCGGAUCGACAAGCUUGGCCAGACGAGCUGGGACGCUCCGGAUUUGCCGGCGCUGAAGAUGAUGGAUCCGGCAGUGUAUAGCCGUAAGACGGAUCCAAAGAUUCUCUGGGAAUCUUUGCACGAGACGGGAAUAUGUCACGGCCCCAUCUUCCAGAACAUCUCACAGAUUCAGAGCAGCGGACGGCUGUCCCUCUGCACGUUCCAGGUCGCCGACACUGCCUCUAUUAUGCCAUGCUCUUACGAAAGUCAGCAUAUAGUGCACCCGACUACGCUGGACUCGGCUAUCCAGGCGGCAUACUCUCCACUAGUCUCGACCGGAAAGAGAUUGAAGGCCGCUCUCGUACCAAGGCGGCUCAAAAAGCUGAAGGUAGCAUCCACCCUCUUCAACUUCGGGGCUGGAUCCGUGCUGGGUGUGCAAGUCUGCCUGAAGAAACAGUCUUCUCAGUCGUUUUCCGCAGACUUGGCCGUGUUCGAUGGCGUGACCGGCGACGACAACCCUUCUAUCCCAGACGUACUGAUAGAGAUCGAGGGCCUAUCGUUUCAGUCUCUUGGAGUAAGUCUAUCUGGCAAAAGACUGGACUCCGACGGCGGUGGGGAUACUCGCAGCUCUUGGUCAUGGGCCCCAGAUAUCACAUUGAUGGAAUCCAGCCGACUGAGUAGUCAGUUGAGCGCUGAAGCUGAGCCACGGGAAAAGGAUCUCAUAAUGGACCUCCGACGGUGCACGAUCCACUUCAUAACGGAAGCAAUGGAACAGCUAACGACCGACGAUAUCGAACGACUAGACGGCCACUGGAAAAAGUUUUACCAUUGGAUGACGGCACAGCUUGCGCUCGCCCGCGAGGACCGAUUGGGCCCCGACAGCUCUAGCUGGUUCCUCGAUGAUCCCGAGCACAAAACGAGCGUAAGAACCAGAGUCGUGGAAUGCGGCGUCAACGGCGAGAUGAUAACUCGUCUGGGACCCCAGUUGCUUUCAAUGUUGCGUGGCCAGGUCGAGCCCCUCGAGCUAAUGAUGGAGGGGCGGCUUUUAUCCAGAUACUACGUCGAGGCGCUGAAGUGGAAACGAUCCAACACGCAGGCGAGCGAGCUCAUCAAGCUACUUGCGCACAAAAAUCCCCGUUGCCGCAUUUUGGAGGUCGGAGGAGGGACGGGGGGCUGCACGGAACUCAUAUUGAGUGCGCUGGGAGAAUCCAAGCCCGUGGAUCGCUACGACUUCACCGAUGUCUCUGCCGGCUUCUUCGAACCUGCGCGUGAGCGAUUUGCAGACUGGCAAGGCGUGAUGACCUACAGCACUCUGGACAUCGAGAAGGACCCGGCGAGCCAAGGGUUUGAGUGUGCCUCCUACGACAUCGUCGUGGCCUGCCAGGUCUUACACGCGACCACCAACAUGAAGCGGACCCUAAGCAACGUUCGGAAACUUCUCAAGCCAGGGGGGAAGCUCGUCCUCGUUGAGACCACCAACGAUCAGCUCGACUUGUUCUUCACCUUUGGACUACUGCCAGGCUGGUGGCUCAGCGAGGAGGAAGGACGACAGCUGACGCCAUCACUUACCCCUGACUUAUGGCGCACAAUGCUGAGUGCGAGCGGCUUCAACGGUGUGGAGCUGGAAGUCCGUGACUGCGACGAUAUAGACUUUUACAUGAUCAGCACAAUCAUGUCCUCGGCAACAGUCGAGCCUAUGACGGCUGAUAAGGACUCGUCCUCUGACGCCGUUCUGGUGUACGGCGACCGCCCUCCCCCUUCGGAGUGGCUGAACGAUCUGCGAUCAUCCGUCGCAGGCGCCACAACUACAGGCUCCGCGCCGUCUAUAACUUCGCUCAACGAAGCAGAUGUGGCUGGCAGAACGGUCAUAUUCCUCGGCGAGGUGCAACAAAAUCUUCUCUCGAGCAUGGGAACCGACGCCUUUGCGCGAGUCAAGUCGAUGCUGAUGGAUUCCAGAGCCGUCAUCUGGGUGGCUAGGGGAGCGACCAUGGCCUGUGAUGAUCCCAGGAAGGCUCUGCAUGUCGGCCUGUUGCGAACGCUGCGGAACGAGACCAACGGGAAACCAUACAUCUCGCUCGACAUUGAUCCCUCGCGCGACCCGUGGACGCACCAGACGAUUGAUGCCAUCAUCCAGGUCUUCCACGCAUCCCUGAGCGCGGCCAAUCAACACUCGGAUUUUGAAUAUGCAGAGCGAGACGGCAUCAUUCAUGUCCCGCGCGCCGUGAACAAUCCUGGCUGGAGAGCCUUUGAUACAGCUGAGGCCGCGCUGAAGCCCUUCAAGAGCAGUCCAGGCAGCCGACUCAGGAUGCACGUCGAGAGACCUGGGCUUUUGGACUCGCUCCGCUUCCGGGAAGAGGAAAUCCCGGGACUCCCAGCCGACUGGGUCGAAAUCGAACCGGUCACGUUCGGAUUGAACUUCACGGAUGUCAUGGUCGCCAUGGGUCAAAUCAAGCAGGAUCCCGAGCCCUUUAUGGGGUUUGAGUGUGCUGGAGUGAUCACGAUGCUGGGAGACGCAGCAGCCGAGCGGGGCCUCAAG